AUCAAGCCCAACUCAAUAAAGCCCCAAAAAAUGAAAAAAAAAAAAAAACAGUUUUUGGCCCGGACCCGGGCCCGACCCGGCCGGGCCGGUUCGCCAAAUACAAGGCCCGAGCCCGGACCCGCCCCCCCACCGGGCCUAGGCCCGACCCGGACCCGGACCCGAGAACCGGGUCGGUCCGGGCCCGCACAGUGGCGGGCCGGGCGGCCCGAACCGGGUCCAUGACUACUGUAGGGUAUAGAAGCAAAAUUCAGCGUUCACUUUGGUUUGUAGGGCUAAAACUUGCUGAAAUGACUGAAGUUGCACAUUGUUGAAACGGGCAUGAUAAUCAUGUUCUUCUUAAAUGCUUAAUACCAAUGAUUUAUAAUUAGAAGCAUGUGUACUCCUAUGUGUUAUAGAACUUAAAAAUGUUUGGAUUUUUUUUUAAACUGGAGUAAAAAUGUUUUGAAAUUUCAAAAUAUAACUGUAAUGUUUUAAUUCCCUAAAUAUGAGUAAUUUUUGUCAAGUUUGACAUUAUCAGGUUUUAAACAUGACAAUUUUUACCAAGUUUUUUUCUAAUUUGGUAGAAAUUACUUUAAUUUAGAGAAUAAAAACAUGGAGGUUCUUUUUGGAAUUUUAAAACAUUUUUACUCCUACUCAAAACAAUUUCUAAAAAAGAUUUUCAAUUUUUGGUUUAGAAAAAAGUUGAAAUGAUCUGGUGCUCCUUAUGUUAAGCACUUAGACGUUAAAGUUGGAAGCAUAUAAAUAAGUGUUUUAAAUUAUUUUUCACUUUUUUAUUACACAAAAACACUUAUUUAUCAAACACUAUGAGAAUGUUUGGCACGACUGAUUGAAAAGUGUGAGCUUUUAAUAACUUCAUAUUUAUUUAGUUCUUUUGGUAUACUGCUAGAUGAAGGGCAGUUCAUAUUAGGCUGGCAUGAGUCACAUGACAGGACCUGUUGUUCGGCCAGAGCCAUUUGGAGCACUUCUCGAUAGAACGCAAUGUUUUUAAACAAUUUAUUUAACUGUUUGCUCAACUGAAUUCAGAGCUAAAAUUUAGUAGGUAUAAAUUAGACAUGACGAAGAAUAUGUUCAAAAAAUUCCAGACGAUGAAUCCUGCCGGACCGGUCUGACACAAUCGCUAUUGAUGCUUGGUGUAGACCCUCAUUGGCUAGGAGUCACUUAUGUGUCUGUUUCACCAUUCCUUCGGACUUCCCUUCUGCCAUGCUUUGACCAUGACAAGUAACAUGUACGUACUGCCCUAUUGGCGGAGGAUGCGGCCAAAUCUUUGCAUUAAAUUAUUUUCUAUCAAAAAAAGGAUGUAGCUAGACUGUACCAGAAUAUGCCAAGAGAUCGAGCCUCAGCCUCAUGGUCUUGCCAUCCCUGACCGCAUCCAUAUCGAGCACCCCCGCAGGCUCAGGGCCAGGUGUGACCCUCGACUCGGCUUGACGGUUUGAAUUCAAGUAGUUGCUGAAUUGCUGAACCAAUAUCAAACCAUAUUUAUCCAAACUUUUUAUUACUUCCACACUUUUUGAAUUAUCUUCUAAAUAAAGUUUUGCAUUUGGA